GUCCUAAAUUUUCCCAGAUUCCCAUCCAUCAUGUCAAUGAGUUAUUGGGCAAAUUCUUUUAUUUUACCUAGAUGAUUCUGUGGUACUUUGGUGAAGACAAUAUUUUUGAUAAGAUAUUUUUAAUCCAUGUUUUUUAUAUAUAUUAUGUGUUUUUUUAUGCCUGCAUAAUUUUAAAAUGCUUGUCAAAGACUUUAUAAUACAAACAAGGUCAACAUUUUGAUCUUUAUACAAGUAGGUGAUCUAAAAUGAUUAAUGAUCACCUUUUUUUGCACUUUGCACAAUCGUUAGUCUAUACAUUACAUAGUGUAAUGAAUGAGCCUCACUUUUCUGUUGUUAAUAGGGUUUUAUUUAGUGACAGGUCUUCUUGCAUGGCGUUAAUGUUGUGUGUAGGUGUAAUCUUUAAAAAAAAAAAACAUGCAAUGAAAUAAAAGUUUAACUGCUUCCAACAAGCCACUGUGUGUUUCUGAUUUUAGCACGCCACUAUUCUGGUGCUUUUACUCAAUAAGGUGAGGUGUUUGUCUUCUAGAAGUCUUUGUUUGCCAGCGUGCUGUGUGUAAUCUCUACAAAAGCAAAGUCGAGAACAAAGAUGUGGAGGCUCUGAAGGGAGACCCCUGUAGUACCCUUUGUUUGUUCCUUAAAGUCUCAUGACCCUUGUUUCCCCUCGUGAAAACAGCACCCGUCCUGCUAAUCCUCAUCACCCACAGAACUUCAUCUAACAACAGAGGAAGUCUCAGAAAACAGGCCGCAAAGCAUCAGUCAACAGGCUGCAACACCCACGUCAAAGGGGAGGUGGGACAUCUGCAUCACCAGGUGGAGCUCGGAGGAGCCACUUCCUGUUACCAGACUGAGUUAGGAGCUUCAAAGAAGAAGUGGUGUCUACCACACAGCUGUAAAGAGAGUUCUUUCAGCAACACUGUGUGCUCAAGCACCGAAACCUCUGAUCUUGGACCUCACUCUCAAGGAGAUUGAGUGGUCGGUAAAGAAUAGCUGGGAUUCUGAGAUCCGCUAACGAACAAUGGGUCUUCAUAAGACUGGUGCUUUGGUGCUGCUGCUCUUGAUCAUCAUCUCUCCUGCAGAGGCGUCACUGAAUGAUCCCAAAUUUUGCUACAUCCUGGACGUGUUCCUGUUAAUCUACGGCAUUGUGAUCACCGUGCUGUAUCUGCGGGAGAAAUGUUGCAAGCCUAAAGGCAAAAUUGAAAAUGACUCUACCUACGCUUCUUUAAGCGGACGUCAAGCUACUUACGACGGUUUGAGACAGAGAGAUGCCGAAAGGGGACCUGCCCGUGGGGGUCGUAGGCAGGGGGAGGAGGACACGUAUACGCGUCUGAAAACUAAAACCGAGGACACCUACAAAGAGAUCCAAGUGAAGAAAGAUCGUCGACCAAACGAACAGGUUUACCAGGGUCUGAGUUCUGCAACUAAGGACACCUACGACUCGCUGCACAUGCAACCUCUGCCUCCUCGUCGCUAAAGCGCCGGUCCAAUCAGCGUCAACCUUCACAUAAUACACCAUGUCUCGUAUAACCACGUGACUUUAUUCGACUCUUCUGACCACUUUUAGCUUUUUUUUUUUUUUUUUUUCCUCGUAGCAUCUCGCUGUGGGGGGAAACUGUACAUCUCGUUGAUUUUCCUGUUUCAAACUCUCUCAUUCAGUCUGUCAGAGAUGACGGAAUAUGAUGGUUAAUCUUUAUUUAUGUUUCAUUAGAUGUUUUUAGUGCUAACAAUAACUAGUUUUUUCUAGCACCACACUAUUUGGUCAUAAUUCCAUUUUUGUUUGUUUUUGUUUGUAAUUAACCUCAUUAACUCGCAUCCACAUUUUGAAGAUCCAUCCGAUUCUUUUACGUUAGCCAUCACCAGCGCCAACACAAACUAGCCGAACUGAGUCGACACAAACUGCGUCGUCCAUCCACAGUGUACUGUAUAUACAGUAGCGAUGGAGUUUCAGUGCUGGCACUUCUUAGCUUUACUCCUAUAGCGCUCAUGCAAGUUAAGAUGGUUGAGAACUUACAUCCACUCUGUAUACUGAUGUCGGUUUUUACUUGGUAUAUAUUAAUAAAUAUUGGACUAGAGAUUUUUU